CGCCUCCAACAGACUCAGUUCAACACCACGUUCCCGCUUGGCAAGAUUUCAUUCCCUCCCGCCUAUGUCACUCUGCGGCCACUCUCUCGCGCCACUCUCAAUAGUGCCCCGGCUGGCAAGGCAUCACUAGCCAAUGCUGCUACCAUUGCUCCAUGGGACGGUACCAUGGCCGGGGUUUUGAUAUAUUGUAUUGUACGGGCGCACUGUACGAGACUAAACAUCAUCAUCAUGUCCGCCAUCCGCCAGUCCGCCACAGCCAUCACUAGCUUCGGCUGUCUAGCCCGGAUGAGGUGACAACGGGUCAAGCUUGAUGGGUAAACCCAUCGAGAGCUUUCCCGUCCCCGGUUCCCAUGAACUCGGCUUCCCCAUAUAUCCUGCCGUUUCCCUGUGUCUCCUUGUUUGGACUCCUUCAAACUCUCUUCGAAUGAAUGUCACCCAACCCUCCUUUGACACUCCCACCGUAGUAUCACAUACCGCCUCCGUGCUACAAUCCGGACGUCGUCUUACUUUUAGCCUGUCGAUUCCCCAGCAUCAAAGGAACUUCCAUACCUGACGGCUCAACACCUCUCGACCUGUUCAGUAACACCAAACAUCAACCAUAAGUGUUACCGGUAUUUCAUCCGGACUAUUAUCCCUUGUCUGGUGCCUGACUGUCGCCUUUGUUUCCAACUCUUUGUUGACGCAUCACCGGGGACACCAAAGAGACGGCACGACCUCGAUUCUGGAAGGCCAUUUAUAACCCUCCGUCACCAAGUCGAACAACUGGGCAUUGGUACGAAUACACAUCCCGACAUACUCUUCCAGUAGAAACUCAAUCCACUUCGACAAAAUGAUGGUUCCAUCGCUAAAGGCCCUCUUGAUGGCCUUGUCCACCCCCUUGGCCAACCAGGGCGUUCCGACCGACACCUUCGGCAAUAGUGGCAAGGCCGUUGCUGCCCUCAGUAACGGCGUUAGCCUACGCAUCAUGCCACUUGGCGCAUCAAUAACGUAUGGGCAGGCAUCGACCGACGGCAACGGUUACCGUAAUUCACUGCGCAAUGCCAUUAUCAAGCUCGGCAACCCAGUCAACAUGGUUGGUUCGCGUCAUCACGGCACCAUGCAGGACAAUGAUGUCGAGGGCUGGCCAGGCUACAGAAUCCACGAGGUCCACGCGAAGGCCCACACCGCCGUGCCCGCGUUCAAGCCCAACGUGGUCCUCAUCAAUGCCGGCACCAAUGACGCAGCAGGGAAUCUCAACAUUUCGACAGCGAGCGACAGGAUGGGGGCCAUGAUCGACGAAGUCUUUGCAGCCAGCCCGCGCGCUGUGGUUAUCCUUAGCACGCUCAUCAUCAACACCUUGCCGGCCACUGAGAAGCGCGUGUUGGUCAUCAACGACCAGUACAAGGCGUUAGCGCAGCGGAUGAGGGAUGCGGGUAAGCGAGUGAUCCUGGUGGAUAUGCACGACGCAACCAAGGGCCCGAUCCCCGAAGACAUGUUCGAUUCCACCCAUCCUACUGAUGUCGGGUACCGCAAGAUGGCCAACAUAUGGUUCCAGGGCCUCGUGGAGGCCAGCAACCUCAAGUGGCUCCAGGCGCCCGAGCCUCUCAGCGGCGUGCCGGAUAGCGGGGUGGUCACGGCGAGGAUGGUGAAUGAGAAAGCUGGGAAGCGGGCAGAGGUUUUCAAGUCAUAAUACCAUCGCACCGUGACGACUGGCUGAAGAAACUCGGAGAAACAAAGAAGACAAAACUGAUGUUCAAAGGGAUGGGUUUGCAUGGCUGGCGGAGCCUGGAGUUACGGAUCAUUUUUUUUUCUUUCCACGACCUUUCUUUGGUUAAUGAUUUUUUUUUCAUUAUACCCCCUUCGUGUUGGCGUUUAUGGAUGACUGAUUGAAUGACUUGGGUAUUAGAUGAUAAUGAAUAGGCCACAUGGAGCGAAGAAUACGAAUUUUGUUUCUCUUGUGUGAUUAUUAUGCCUUCUUUCCAUCUGCGUGAAGGACACUUGGGAGUUCAACUUCAUUGUGGUCGUUCAGUUCGUACUGUCUCAAUGCCGUCGUCUUGUCGAGAUCAUCGUGAAUUAUUGAUAUCUGGCUUCCUAAUAAAAAGGCCUA